GAGCAGAAGCCAUCUACCACUAGCACUAGCACCACUGCCGCCAGUGUUGCCACUACUGCAGCUGCCCAGGUCUCCGUCGCCUCCGUUGAGGAGAAGAAGGCCACUUCCUCUUCCACUAGCACCACUGCCGCCAGUGCUGCCACCUCCUCUGCCUCGUCCUCUUCCUCUUCCUCCAGCAGCUCCAGCAGCACCAGCAGCAGCCUGAGCUCCGAGUUCUCCGGCGAAGCCACCUUCUACGGCGGCAAUGUCGACGGCGGCGCCUGCUCGUUCAGCGGCUACACCAUCCCCUCCGGCCUCUACGGUACAGCCUUGGGCUCUCCCCGCUGGGACGACGCCGCCCAGUGCGGCUCCUGUGUCCAGGUCACCGGCCCCAGCGGCAACAAGAUCAAGGCCAUGAUCGUGGAUGAAUGCCCCGAAUGCGACUCCAACCACCUGGACCUCUUCCAAACCGCCUUCGCCGAGCUGGCCGACAUCUCCAAGGGCGUCAUCUCUAUCGACUGGGAGUACGUCGAGUGCGGCAUCACCACCCCGAUCAAGCUGAACAACAAGAGCGGCACCUCCGCCUACUGGUUCGCUAUGCAGGUCGAGAACAGCAACGAGCCCGUCACCAGCCUUGAGGUCAGCACCGACGGCGGCAGCACCUGGCAGUCCACCACCCGCUCCACCUACAACUACUUCGAGAACGCCAGCGGGUUCGGGACGGACACCGUCGAUGUGCGCGUCACGUCGCAGUCCGGCGCCACCAUCACCGUCAACAACGUCAGCGUGUCGUCGGGAUCGUCCGUCACCGCUUCGUCCAAC